AUGUCAGUGGCUAAAUCGAGAUUCAUACCUUCCGACCCAAUUCCUUCAUCAUCACCUGCAUUUGGGACUCCAGUUCAUCCGAUCCGCAAAGGGAAGCCGAACAACAUUGCUUCUAAGGCCUCAGUGCUACCAAUUCUACUUCCUCCUGCCACUCUAAGACCGGUGGCAUUUCGAGCCAUUACCAGGAAACAUAAUUUAACGAUAUCGUCCUCCGCUCUGCAGGCUCUGGCUACUUUUAUCGGCAAGAACUGUGGGUCAGGAUGGCGCGAAGAAGGACUGGCGGAACGGGUCUUGGACGAAGUUGCGAAACAAUGGAAGAGAGCUGGCGGCAGCGUGAUUGUCGAAGAGGGCAAUGGUGCAUCCCUUAAGACCAUAUUGCAGACGCUCGAAAGCAGUAUGAGUGCUGGGAGGAUUGUACACACUAAGGCUACUGCGCAAGACAGGCACCCUUCAAUCCGACGCGGUUCUACUGAUACUACGAGCGGCGGCGCUAUACAAGGAGGGAUUCGUACAUCCUCAGGCGCAGCUGAUGAAAGUAUUGAUGAUGAAAACGAGAUGGGCGAUACGAGACGGUGGAUUAAAGUCAUUGGGGCCUUUGACCAACCUCGCUUCACAUAUAACGUUAGCAAGAAGCAUUUUGAGACGCCCACAUGGAAGCCUUCGCUAUUCCCGCCGCCGUCACGAAAGACAUCCUUGUUUCGCGAUCGAUACAAUCUUAUUUACCAACGAUUACUUCGCAACGAAUCCUUCCAGUCAUCCCUGCGGGGAGCUUCAGACGAUCCAUGGCCGCGAGGGUCGUCAUCGAGGACGGUUGGCCAGCAAUCUUACAAGUUAACACUUAUUGCGAAUCUUCUGGGAAGGAGCGGAACCUCUCAUCUGGUGCUGGGUCUUCUUUCUAUCUCUCCUUCGGGAGACCUAUCUAUCACCGACUUGACAGGAAGCAUUGCGUUGGACUUGACUCAUGCACGCACUGUGCCGGAGGAUAGUGCGUGGUUUGCACCGGGGAUGAUCGUCCUGGUAGAUGGUAUCUACGAGGAAGAAGAAAGUGUCCGGGGCUCAACCCUGGGGGGUAAUACGGGAGUUGGCGGCGCGAUAGGAGGCAAAUUUGUCGGCAUCUCAAUUGGUGCUCCGCCAUGCGAACGAAGGGAACUUACGUUGGGGAUGAAUCUUCGCAAAGCUCAGAAAGACGUGACUGCUGGAGGAUUCGGCUGGGUCGACUUUCUCGGAGUUGGCAGUGAGCGUGCACAGGGGCAGCGCAUGAGAAGAAUCGAAAGACAAUGUCUACGACGCGAAAAUGAAGAUGGACAACAUUCCACUCGACGAAUGAUGGUUGUUAUGAGUGAGCUGAACCUCGAUAAUGUAAAAACAUUGGAAGCAUUGAGGGAAGCCCUCAAUAUCUAUAACACCUUACCAACCGAAGAGCUUCCGCUUGUGUUCUUCAUGAUUGGGAAUUUUGUCAAACACGCAGUGAUCAAUGGGGGCGGACGAGGCGGCAGUAUCGAAUACAAGGAAUAUUUCGAUUCGCUUGCUACGGUCUUGUCAGAAUUUCCGUCUCUGCUGCGCCAUUCGACGUUCGUCUUCGUCCCGGGCGAUAAUGACCCCUGGGCGUCUGCAUUUUCUACUGGCGCCGCCACCACUAUCCCGCGAGAUGGGAUUCCUGACAUGUUUACUACCAGAAUAAAGCGUGCAUUCGCGACGGCGAAUAACGAUGCAGAUGCAUCCCAUUCGAAAGAGCCUCGCGGUGAAGCAGUUUGGACAACUAAUCCAGCACGACUGUCCAUCUUCGGUCCGGUGCACGAGAUUGUUGUAUUCCGAGACGACAUCACCGGACGGUUGAGACGAAGUUCUGUGAUUUCCGGAACCUCCCAGCAGCCUGAUAUCGAGAUGACAGAUGACUCUGGUGAGAGACAGCCAGAAAUCUCUGAGACCAACGACGACCCGAAUGAGAAUUCACGAAAAAGAGACGAUGUCCCAUCUGCUGCGACGCUGGCUGCCCGAAAACUCGUCAAGACCGUCCUAGAUCAAGGAAACAUAUCUCCAUUCCCACUAACCUCGCGACCUGUCUUGUGGGAUUACGGAUCAUCAUUGCAUCUAUACCCUUUGCCCACAGCAUGUAUACUCGCAGACGCCGAGGCGCCGCCCUUCUCCAUCACUUACGAGGGCUGUCAUGUUAUGAACCCCGGUCCAUUAGUCCCCGAAGGUAGCAAGGGCCUCGCCCGAUGGAUCGAAUAUGACCUAUCCCGAAACCGAGGAAAAGUCCGAGAGCGUCGCUACUGA